AAGCGCCCAGGACAGAUGAUAUAGCAGCCCUUAUGGGUGUGGAGUGUUAGAGCUGAAAACUGGCCCAAAUGGUCAGAUGUUUCCAAUAUUAUAGAAGUUCUACCUGUAUAGGGACUUGGGACCUGUACAAGAUGGCGAGUAGACAGUAAGACCCAUUCACACAGAUGGGAUCCUCAGAAGACUGCAUGCCAGUAAGAGAGGUGCUAGAAGGUACUUUCCGGCCCAGGGAGAGGACAGAGGAAUUUGGCUUCAUUGGGGGGUUUAGUAGAAGAAAAUACUAUCCUAAGAGAAAUUAACCCACCAAACCUAUGACACGGGGCAGGGGCAGAGUCUGAAUUUUAUACUCUCCCUUGGUAAUCUUCUUGGAGGGCCUGGCAGGAACAAAUGCAAAGCUUUCCUGGAGGAACAUUUUAUAACCCAGGCCACAUGGGGUUUUUCCAGACAAAGUGGAUCACCACGCAAGAUGACCUCAUAAUAAUUACCAGAUCCACCAAUGUGGGCCACGUUCGCACCAACACCGUGAAGAAGGUGGCCCGGGUCAUCACUGAGAAGUACUACACAUGCCUAGGCAAUGACUCCCACGCCAAUAAGUAUGUGUGCAAGGAGACCACCGCUAUUGCCAGCAAGAACCUCUACAGCGAGAUAGCAGUUGAUGUCACUCAACGGAUGAAGCAGAUUCAGAGAGGCCCGGUAAGCGGGAUCUCCAUUAAGUUGCAGAAGGAAGAGAGAGAAAGGAGAGAUCAUUAUGUUCCUGAGGUCUCAGUCCUGGAUCAGGAGAUCAAUGAAGUAGAUCCUGACACUGAGGAAAUGUUGAAGCUCUUGGACUUUGGCAGUCUGUCCAGCCUGCAGGUCACACAGCCUACAGUUGGCAUGAACUCCAGGACACCACGUGACUCUUUCUGCUGUGCUGCGAUAUCGUCAAUAAACCUUGGACGAAAACAACAACAACAAAUUCCCAAAACGGAUAAAGAAAGUUGUGAUUCGCCAUGAUAGAGCAUGCACAGCAAACACAA